AUGGAACCUAAGAGCGUCGAGGAGUACAGCCAGCAGAACUACUGGAUUGGCAGAUAUGAAGUGGAGGAGCAACACGACUGGUUUUUGUCGGUUCGACAACCAACCAUAGCUGCCCUGUGUGAUGAAUUGCUGAAGGUGUUUCAGCAGCGUGAGAGGCUGCACUCCGCCGACGGUAACGUGGAGGGGGACCAACCAGCUCUACGUGUACUUCACUUAGGCACUGGUAAUUCAUCGCUCUGUAUGGAUCUGUACGAGGCCGUACGUGAGCGUCAACUUCCAUUCGCACUGCAUCAGGUAGCUAUGGACUAUGCGCCAAAUGUUAUUGAGAGGAUGCAAAGCAAGUAUUCACCUGAUAUUCUUCCCAACGCCCAGUGGAUCGUCGGUGAUGUACGCAAGCUGGAGGAAUUCCGUGAGUAUGGUCCAUUCGAUGCGGUGAUCGAAAAGGGAACGAUGGAUGCCAUUGAAGCGGACAAAAAUAGACCGGAGAUGAAAGGGGAUGUUGAGGCUAUGCUCCAUGGUGUGGACACGCUUCUGAAGCACGCGAAAGGUUAUGGCGCAUUUUUGCAGGUUACGUGGGUGGCACCGCAUCUCCGAUUGCCAUACACAAAAGGAGAUGCGUUCGCGUGGGGUGACCAGGUGCGUUAUAGCCUUCUUGGGGAAAGUGAUAUUUACAGGCUGUUUGUUUACACGGUCAGGGAAUAA